UUCACAAAUUUGCUGGGUGUACAAUUAUACUGCAUUAAUAUACGGGACUUUGACAGUUAGAAAAAUCAAAUUGAGAGAGAAUUUCACCGAUUAUGCCUGUGAUUCUCGGUGGCUUUACCCCCACCACCGUUACUCCUGAAUCUCGUGCCGCCUUGGAUCGCGCGCUUAUAGAUUCCGAUCUUCACGUGAACAACAUUUUGACUGUGCGCUCGCAAGUUGUGGCGGGCACCAACUACGAGUUUGAGGUGGAUGGUUCUAGCGCCUCGCAUAAUGAUGCUACACGCUUUGUGGUGAAAGUAUUUGACCAACCCUGGACAAAUCGUACAGUGCUUACAUCUCUUAUCGCGGUUCCAAGGACGCAAUGAAACUAAGCGAGAAAAUAUAGCUGACCAAAUCGAUUUUUUUUUGCUCCAUAACUUACUCCGACUCUUCCUACGUUCAUCUCAAACGGUCGCAUUGUAGAACGUAAGAAGCAUACUGCAGGUUUGAAGAUAGCAAAUAAACUUGCAAACUUAGAACCUU